AGUCAGCAAGUGCAACCAGCAAAAAGACCAGUCAGCAAGUGCAACCAGCAAAACCAACAAGAACCAGCAACACCCUCACACACCCUCCCCCGUCCCCCCUCCCCCAAGCCAACCAUGUCGCAGCAAGGCGUGUCUUCGUACAGUGAGGCUGUUCGCCAGCUCAUGAACGUGUGUGCCCAUACGGCAAAAGCCACCCGUCUCAUGCGCAAGCUCUGCCAAGGAAACCUGCUCGGUCUCGAGCACGCCACCAAGAUCCAGUACAUCUCCCGCUCCGGCGAGUGGGCCGAGAAGGUGUACAAGAGCCUCAGCCACAAGGGCGGGCAGCAGGCCUCGCACCCCGUCGUCGUUGGCAUCCUCCUUGCCAGCGAGCAGGACUACAAGCAGGCCCUGCAGACGCUGGCAGGCCCGCACGUCAGCAUCAUCGCCGCCAUCAAGUACAACGCCCACGUCAUCACCACCACCAAGUCCAUCAAGCGCGGCGAGUCCACAAACGCCAUCCUCAACAACGCCCUGCGCGCCGUCAACUGCGUCAACGCCAUCUGGUACACCAUGACCCACAUCACGGAGUUCCUCUGGGACAUUGCCCGCUUCCUCCCCGAGGGCGACCGCGCACGCGAGGACCUGCUCCAGCUGCGCAAGCGCAUCAGCGCCGCCGUCGCCACCGCAGAGGACUUCUCCACCAACUCCAGGCUCCUCGUUGCACAGGAGUGCAUCACAAAGCGCCUGGUCGUGCCAUCCUCCAAGCAGUUCCGCGGCAUCACCCCGGACGUCGUCACAGAGGCAGGCCCCGUGAUCCGCAGCGAGGUCGUCUUCAAGCACAAGUGCAAGACCCUCAGCAAGAUCAGCAAGCACCAGCCGCUGCGCCUGUCCAUCUUUGGCAACGUCGUUGUCCUCACCGUCUCCAAGCUCAGCUCAGAGACGCUCGCCGUGCCACCACGCGCUCUCUCCGAGGUCACUGCGCAGAUCCUGCCCUCCCUCCCCGACAACGUGUUCCGCCUCACCCUGGGGCCAAAGUCACACGUGACCCUGCGCUGCAAGAUGGCUGCGCACCGCGAUGUGUGGGUCAACUUCUUCAACGACUCUGCUGCCGAGGAUCUCCACACGCUCUACGAGAAACGCGAGGCGUUCCACCAGCAGCUCGCCCGCCCGGCACACCCAAAGCUGGCUCAGCGCCCGUCCAUGGCAGAGCUGUCGCUCUUCAACGAAACGCGCAAGACAACAGCGCCCGGAGCGCAGGCGUGGGGCCUUGAGCAAGACCUACUUGAGGAAGAGGACUCAGAGCCCCAAACUAAGACCCUCACAGAACUCUUGGAGCGUGGCAUGGACUCCAGCAUCGCCAAGGAUGUUGUCCAGCCUUGCUCGCUGCCCAGCAGCCGUUGCGCCAGCCCCAUGAUGCGCACUACUUCCCCAAGCGCGACAUCAUCAGCAGCCACGGACCGCUACACGCCCACAUUCGUCACCGGCGCGCGUGACACCACCGCCAGCCCACUUCCAAUUGGUGGCCGCUCUGGCACGCCUGCUCGCAUGUCGUCGGCAACACCAACGCCCUCGCCAAUGUCCACAUCCGUGACGACAGCGGCCACAAGCACGCGCGCCACGCCGCUUGCCACAUCCGUCAGCGCACCCGCCACAACACAGAGCCCCGUGCCCAUCGGCGUUGCUGGUGUUGCUGGUGGUGUGGACAGCGAGGAUCCCGACCUCGCACGUGCGCUCGCAGAAUCUCUCAUGACACACGAGCAAGAGGUGACAGCAAUGAACCAGCAGGAGCAGCGCGAUGUGGAGAAGGCCAUCAACCUGUCGCAGUGGGAGACCUUUGAGAGCCACGAGCCAGCAGCAUCUGCUACACAGGGUAGCAGCAGCAGCAGCCACGUUGCGCUGUCCCACAGCACGAGCCCAUGCAACGACCCCUGGCAGGCACCCGUGUGGAUGAAGCUCAACGAUACUGCAUCACCAGCCCUUGCUGCUCCCGCUGCAACAACAGCGCCCAAGGACAAGAAGACAUCCGACCCCUUCCGCACCGUGACGUCGUUCAGCGCGGAGCGCAGCGAUGCGUGUGUGGCCAAGACGGAAAAGGCACCUGUUGCCAUGGCAGCGCCCAGCGCAAACACACGCCCUGUCGUCAACGCAACAACAGCAGAGCCGUCCAGCACCACCGCAGCGGCAACAAAGCAGCAGGUCAACACCACUGAGGACGAGACAGCAGCAGACAGCUCCUCUCAUCGCAUUGCUCGCCGCAUCAUUCCCGUCAAGCCCAUUCGUCAAACGUCAGACUUCCUUUGCUUGAGCAAGGAAGAGGGUGAACACUGAACAAGGAUGAAUGAGAACUGAGGGGUGUUCAUGUGUGUGUGUGUGGUGCGUGCCAUGGUGAGCACGGAGGUAUUGGCCAUGUGGGUUCCAUGAACAUGCAUGUUCUCGGUGAUUGUGCAAUUGCAUGACUGUGUUUCCCUUCGUUGUGCUUGCGAGAGGUGGUGGCUGAGCGAUGAUGUGUUGAGUGAGGAGCGACUUGGUCAUGAUUGGUUGAGUUGUGUUCAUUGAGUUGAAAUUCCUGCAGACUGACUGAGUAAACACCAAUCCAACAAAACAG